AUGAAGCUACUUGGAAUCGCAAUCGCCCUCAGUAAUCUAUUGACUAUCGAUGCAUUCCGUUCACCCGUCAAGCGUGGAAUAACACAAUUGACCUUCGGGUUGGAGGACAAUGUCAAAAGCCAUCAUCAUUCAAGCGGACCCUUCCAGACCUUUGUCGAGCACUUCUCUGCAUCUCGGUCUGGAACCGAUACAUACCUACAAACUCAACUGUCAGAAAUAUACUCCAAUUCAUCCAUCGUUGUUACACAGGACUACUAUUUUGACAUCGUCCGAUUUGCCGCUGGAUCACCCGAAUCAGUCGUGAUACGGGAGCUGGAUGAAAUAGCUUCAAUCAAAAAGAUUGUAUUUGUGAAGCCUAUGAAGCGAAGAGAAGGUAUAGGCAAGAUUGCUGAAAGAGUCGUAUUUGGAGGAUGGAACGUGGCGUGGGAGGACAAGGAGUUCAAGGUUAUCGUUGCUACUUGGGCUGAAACAUAUCGUCAAGUCACCCAAUGGCAUAUUAUCACUGAUCACCCCGAGUCAGCACAGCAAUUCAUCCGCUCGUGUUCAGACUUCUGCUCAACUUUCAGUGACGUUGUCUGGGUGUUCGAGCAAGGGGGUUGGCGUCCUGAUAGAGAGCUAUGGGAAGCAGCUUCUUGGGAAGAUGUCGUCCUUGAUGACGCCUUCAAAACAUCGCUGCAGUCGGAUUAUAGAUCAUUCUACAAGGCGGAGAAGACGUACAAGGAUCUGGGCGUCCCAUGGAAGAGAGGUUUAAUCUUUUUAGGACCCCCGGGCAAUGGUAAGACUAUCAGUCUGAAAGCACUCAUGAAGGAGGUCAAAGUCCCCACGCUUUAUGUCAAGUCAUUCCACUCUUGGGGUGGGGAUGAAAUGGGCAUUCGAGACAUCUUCGCUCGGGCAAGGGCGGAAGCCCCUUGUGUCCUCAUAUUGGAAGACCUGGAUUCUUUGAUCACAGACAUGAACCGGUCCUUCUUUUUGAAUGAGGUUGAUGGUUUGGAGGAUAACGAUGGUCUACUUUUGAUUGGUACAACCAACCACUUUGACCGACUUGAUCCUGCCCUUUCGAGUCGUCCUUCAAGGUUUGACCGGAAGUACACCUUCCCUAAUCCUUCGCAUGCUCAGCGUCGUGAUUAUGCAAUCUGGUGGAAAGACAGACUUCACGACAACAGUGAGAUAGAGUUCCCGGAUACACUGUUGGACGAAUUUGCCGAUAAGACGGAUAAAUUCUCGUUCGCUUAUAUGAAGGAAGCAUUUAUCUCAACUUUGCUGACAAUAGCUAGCGGUAACGAAAAGGGAGAUCUUGAUUUCCGAGGUAUCCUACUUAAGCAGGUAGAUCACCUUCGUAACGAGCUGGAGACCACAGAGGCAAUGUCUUUUCCCAUGACAUCCUUCGGUCGUGAUUCUGGUGGUGGAGGCGGGAUGGGGGACAUGAUGGCUUACAGGCAGAUGAGCAUGGCUGUAGGGGACGACAGUACAAUAUACCAAAUUCCUUGGAUCAAUUGA